AUGGCCGCGGACGACUCGUACACGGCAGCUGACGAGCGCGCCCGUGCCGCCCGGAGGGCGCGGCAUCCAGGCGAAGAAGGACGAACAGCCGGCGAACACGACGCGGAGUUACGCGGCGAAGCAGCGGGAGUGGAAGGCCUGCUGGCGGCGUGGCUCAAAGAGGAUAUCCUGUUACGACGCGUUGUGCCGCCGCAGAAGAAGAAGCCGCGCGCGCGGGGUAAGAUUAGGGGCAACGGCAACGGCGAGGCCGUACAGGUACGGCAACAGCGCGAACAGGAGCAGCUCGAGGCCGCGGCCAUGGCAGAGGCCGAAAGCCUGGCCGAAGCUUUGGAGGUCCCCCUGGCCGAGGCCGCCGAGCUGCUCGCUGACGACCGCGAGGGCUACGUGCCACCCACAGGCCUCGCGACGGCUGCAGUAGACCUUACCGAAGGGUCUUUGCUUACGAGGGGCACUAUCGACGCCUAUAUCGCGGCCGUUAUCGAGCCAUGGAGGCUCCAGGUGGCUCACGGCAACGCGAAUACGGAGAAUCCCGGGCGCCGCCGCCGGCUACCUCCCGAUGAAUGGCUUCGGAUCCAGGAUCUCCUUCUCACUGGCGCCGCGUAUACGCCGCAAAACCUCCGUACGCGAGUCGACCUCCUCUUCGGCCACUACUACCUCUUACGGGGGGAGAACCGGCGCAAGAUGGAGCUUGCAGACCUAUCCCUACUCGACUAUCCGCCUUCGGAGGGCCCGACCCCCUGUGGUUGCCUGGUAAGCCUUUUACGGGACGGCAAGCUAAAUAAGACGGCGAGGAAGGAGUUUAUGGGCGCGCUCCGGCACAAGGACCCCUUAUUCUGUACGCAAGGGCCUAGCACAGCUCUUCUUUGGCGCUGGCACGUCGCCGGCGAACCGCCCCGUCCUUCCGGCGCCGUCAGGACUGGUAUCGGAUCAAGGUCCUCGUCGGGCGGGACCGCGAGCAGGAGCUCGUACCCGACGCAGCUACAAGAGACCUGGCGUAUCUUCGGCGCUGCCGGCCUUAUCGCGUCGAAGAAGACGCACCUCCCGCGCAGGGUGGGCGCCCAGGACGCGGAGACCCAUGGCACGUCGCUCGCCCAGAUCUCGCAGGCCGGCCGCUGGAACCAGAGCGUGCUCUGCCAGGCAUAUCUUACGCACCUACCGCGGCAGUUCAUGCGUAUCGUCGCCGGCUUCUCGGCCUCCCCGGGGGACUACUUCCUCGCGCGUGCGGCUCACGAACCCCCGUACGUCUUACAAAAGCAGCUGUGGCCGUGGAUCGAGGAGUGGGAACCCGCUUUGAGGCGCGGGCGCGCCGGCAAUGCUGGGCAGAAGGCGGUCUCGACGACGACGACCCAGCCGCUGACGGCUUCCUUGCUUAUGCGGCGCCUGCGUAUAGUACUUCUGCAGGACCUGGCCGUCCUACAGCUCCGCUACCCGUCGCUACCGUUCUUCGCCUACGCCCCUUUGGCGGGCCCGAGUGGGACGAGUUCGCCGUCGCCGUGCGGUCCACCGCGGUAG